AUGGCCACGUCCAAUCAGCCGGAGCGACACCUGCGCGAAGAUGAGCAAGAGCAAGAUGAAGAGCAAGUCUUCAGCGACGACCGUAACGAUCCACCGAUUCGGCGAGUUAUUGGUAUCGUAGCCCUCAUCGUCCUCGGAGAGAGUCUUGCGGCUACGAUCUUAUUUCCCUUCAUCGUAUUUAUGGUCCGGUCAUUUCCGCAUAUCGAAGAGGAUAGAGUUGGGUGGUACUGUGGUUUGAUCACUUCAUCGUACUUCAUUCCGCAGAUGUUCCUCGCACCCGUUUAUGGGCUCAUAAGCGAUCGGAUUGGAAGGAAGCCGAUUUUGAUCUUCGGAUUGCUGGGGGCGUCGAUAUGUACGUUUAGAUUUGGAAUGGCGCAGAGCUUGAUGGCUGCCAUGAUUUCGAGGGCGUGUGCGGGAUUCUUCAAUGGCACAGCUCCUGUCUCUCGAAGCUGUGUGGGCGAGUUUGCGAACCAGGUGGGAUUGAACAAGGCCAAGGCUAUGGGGAUUUUCGGGUUCUGUUUCUCGCUGGGCUCGAUCAUCGGUCCAUUGAUCGGAGGGUAUUUGAGCAAGCCUGACUUUAGUGGACCAGCGGGCGCCUUCGCAGAGUACCCGUACCUUCUGCCGUGCGCUGUGUUGACAGUGUACAAUUGGUUCACAGCUCUUGUGACAUUCUUCUGUCUACCAGAAACGAAUAUACACCGGAAGCCACUACGAAAGGUCCAAGUUACGAAGCCGCCGGAGGAGCAACCAUUGCUUCCAUCAUCAGAGAACUCUCGAAGUCGGGCACAUGUGUCGGCUGUCUUUCUCAUCAUAUUGGGACAAGGUAUUCUCGCCCUUCACGCCGUUGUCUUCGAUGAGAUGUAUCCCGUGAUUGCAGCGUCCGCUCCACCUAUCGGAUAUGGCUUCACCGCGAAGCAAAUCGCUCGCUCGCUGCUGGUUCUCGGUCCAUUCGCAAUCUUUACACAGCUCGUUUGUUAUCCUUGGCUGAGCAAACGAGUCUCAUAUGUGAAUUCGUGGCGGAUUUCUUCAGUUUUGUUCUUGUUCAUCUAUGGCAUCUUCCCUUUCAUUCCUGGACCGCAGACAGCGCCGGCUUGGCUAGAGUGGACGUGCUUGCUUCUUGCACUUUCUGUCCGCAUCGCAGGGCUGGUCAUAGGGUAUACGAGUAUAGCGGUCUUGGUCAUUGACAUUGUACCACCUCAGCAGGUUGGUAUGUAUGUUGGCUUCUCGCAGACUGCAAUGUCCGCAGGGCGAGCAAUUGGUCCUGCGCUCGGAGGCAUGGCAUGGUCUUGGGGUCUUAGGAACAACCUGCCUGCGCCAUGGGACGAGCAUUGUCUGUAUCUGUUGCAAAUGUUCCUGGCGUGCUUGCAAUUCCUGACAUCAUUUGGAUUGAAGGCUGCUCGGGACUCGAUGAUGGCCAAGUAA